AUGCGCGAAGCCCUCUCCGCGCGAGGGGCGGGGAGGGAGGUUGGCGGGUGGGGGCGCCCGGACUCGGAGGGAGACAGGGGUGCGGCCCACCCGGAGGGCCCCCAGGACUUGGAGGGGGGCGCCCUGGACUCGACAAGCUGGACCCCCGUGCUCCUGGGGGGACCCGAGCGCACGAACCCCGUCCUCGCGCCGCCUCCGCCCCCGCGCGUGUUGCACAAGCCCGUGCCCCGGCAGCCUCUUUUAAAAUCUCGUUACGCCAGCUCUGCUGUCCGCCUCCUUCUUCCCCUCGGGCCCGGGGUGGGCGUGGCCUGGCCGGCUCCCAUCUCCCCCGCGGCGAGGGCACUGCCUUUCUGCUCAGACACCAAGAAGAUGCGGCCAAUGCAGCCUGUAACAGCACUCCAGCUCACAAGGCCACUUUCACCAAGCAGCCCAAGCCUCCCCCAGUCUCUGCCUGCUCCUAGUCUCCAAGAAAAAGAGGUACGAGAGCCCCCUCAGUCCCAGCCCCAGCCCAAGCCCCAGCAUGCGUCCAACCUCCCAAGGCAGCAGGGUCAGGGGCAGGCCCCGCAGCGCAUCCCCCGCCUGCGGGCCGUGGUGGAGAGCCAGGCUUUCAAGAACAUCCUGGUGGACGAGAUGGACAUAAUGUUCUCUCAAGCAGCAACCCUCAUCCAAGCAAACUGGAGGGGCUACCAGCUCCGGCAGAAGCUUGUUUCCCAGAUGAUGGCAGCCAAGGCUAUCCAGGAGGCCUGGAGGCGGUUCAGCACCCGCCGCUUGCUGCACUCCAGCAAGCUAGGAGCUAAGAAAGUGAGCAAGGAUGAGGGGGAUAUCCCCUACCAUCCACCCCAGCAGGUGCGCUUCCACUACCCAGAGGACCAUCCUGCUCUGAGCCCGCCUGUCAUGGUGAACAAGAAGACCCAGUUCCCUUCCAGGGACAAUCUGACUUUGUCACAACCCCUGGCAACCCCUGGAGGUGCAGAGCCUGGUAUGCAGACUCCAUGUGGCCAUGGAACUGCUGGCGUGGUCUUUCUUCCACCGCAGACUAUGGCCACCAGACUCCCGUGUCCCAUGAAUCUACGUCCAAAGCACCAGCCGUGCCUGAUUACCAAAACCGUGAGGAGUCCCUGCUGCAGCACACACUUGGAGGGGGACAAGGUGAAAAGCAAACACGUGACUUGCAGAGUCACCAAACCAGGGUCCCCGGAGUCAACAACCUCCAUAAAGUAUGACCUGUCAAACCUUGGGCCCCUAAAGAACCAGACGCAGGUCCACAUUGAAGCAGUCAUCAAAGCUCCACCCCUCUCAUGUCCAGUCACCAAGACAUCACCCAAGAUGCAUCCGGGGGUUUCAACUCUCAAGUCCCCAGCUCCGAUGUCCACAGAACCCAAAGCUUCACCCCAGGCAUGUCCCUCAUCCAUCACACCAGUCAUGAGGAACCUACCACAGACCUGUGCAGUGCGCCCAAUGAUGACCAAGGCCCCUGUUCACAUGUACCCGACCUCUUCACUCACCAGCACCACACCUCAGGUGCGUCCAGCAGGCACCGUGGCCAGGGGUGUGCCCCAGGGGUGCCUGCUGGCUUCUUCUGUCAAGGCCUCACCACAUCCAGUGGCUCCCAUGAGCAGGAGCCCACCACAGACUAGCACUGGGCCCGGGACAACAAAGACAUCACCCCAGACACGUCCAGUGAUAAGAAACCCCAUUGGACCACAGAUGUGUCCAACAACCACUUCAUCCAAGACUUCCUCCCAGACAAGCCCAACGGCCAAGCUCUCACCCCAGAUGCGUCUGGCAGCCAUGAUAACCAAGACUCCAGCCCAGAUCCGCUCAGUGGCUGCUGUCCUCAGGACCUUCUGUAUGGUCCCUCCGGUGGUCAAUAAUUUCAAGGCUCCACCCCAGACUCCAGUCGCUGGGGUUCCCAAUACCUCGUCCCAGGCACGCUUGAAUACCACAAGGGCCAAGGUCACAGUGAAUGCCAAACAAACAACUGGUAUAGCGAAGGCCUUCUCCCAGUCAUACUUGGCCAAGGGGAAGAGCAGGUGUGCUCCCCAAUCACAUCUAGGUUUGGGGGCUCCUUACCCUCCUCCAAAGAAGACUCCAUUGGAAGCUGAAAUCAAGCCUGCCCCCUCAAAGCUAAUGAUGAAGGAAAGAGCACCUAAGACUCACACAGCCAUGGGGAUGACCAGGGCUCUAUCAUGGACAAGAGUUGCAGAGGACAGAACUAAGCCCCCAGGUCAGACCCACCACCAGGCGGAAGUCAUUAAGGUCCGGUCCAAAGUGUACACGCCUGUAGAGACACCUGUUACUCUGUCCCCGGCCCAGAUGGCUAUACCCUCGACCAAGACUUUAUCCAAUGCCCAGACUCCCACCAGGCAAACCAGAGUCCAGCCCCAUUUGGCCACACACCCCUCUCGAGCUCCAUCCCAUCCACCCUCGGGCGUUGCUGAUGUGACUGUGGCCUUGCCCAAGGGACACCUGGCGACAGGUCCACCCUCUACCAUGCUUCAGCCCCAACUGGCCACUUGUGUGACAAAGGGUUCAUCCCAGAUCCGUCCACCUGCCAAGCAGAGCAGCAUUCCAUCCCAGGCCCGUCAGGCCACGUGCCCUAAGAAGGCCACAUCUCAGGGCUAUCCACCUACGAAGCUGGGCAAAGCCCCAUCCCUGGCCCAUCUCCUCACGUGUCUGACCAAAGCCCACUCUCAGGCCCAGAUGGUCCCAGAAACGGCUAAGUGCCUCUUCACCGCCCAUGCCCCCGCUGACCUCAGCAGCAAGACCCAGUCGCAACCACUUCUGACUGGUUCCAAGGCUUCUGUCCAGUUCUGGCAGCACUUUGGUUCCCUGGACACUGGGUCCCAAGCAAAGCCAGAGGACAAACGGAUGGCCCAGUUCCAGCUGCACAGCCGCACACAAACUAAGACCACACAGGAUCCAUGCUCAGUGGCCAUGGAUACCCAAGGCAUGCUGGUCCCCUUGCUGACUUCUGCUGGACAUCCCACAUGCAAUGCAGAAUCCUGGGGCGAUGGUGUGCCGUCACAGAUGCCCCCACCACCGCCACCAAUGCCCAGCCAGACGAUGUCCUGCCAGGAUGACGUGGUCAUAUCUCAGAUAGCGUCUCUGUGUGCAGAGGCACUUGCUGCACUGGGCUCCCAGGAGGACCUCCGAGCCUUGCUGGUCAAGGCUCUCUCUCAGGGUGAAGUCCGAGCUGCUGUGAGCCAAGCUCUAUCAAGGGAGGUCCUGGGAGCCACUGUGGUGAAGACCCUGCCUCAAAGCAUGCUGGGCAUGGCCCUGAUUAAGGCAUUAUCUUGGGGGGAACUGGGUGUCACGCUGUCUCGGGCUCUGUCCCGGGGGGAACUGAGGACAGAACUCCCCAAGUCUGUGCAAAGUCGGCUGGCUGAGGUGCUCUGCAAAGCCCUGAGUGGCGAGGAGCAGGCAGCCCUCAGCCAGGCUCUCUGCCAAGGAGAGCUCGGGGCUGUCUUCAGCCAGUCCCUAUCCCAGGUGGCUCAGAGAACAGGCACCAUGCUCCCCAAGGCCACCUCGAAAUCAGCAGCAAGCAGCAUGAUCAUGGCAUCUACCCCAGUGGAGGUGAACUGCAGGGGGCACCUGGCGGUGGAGUGGGGACCUGCACUGGGCUCUGUAAAACCGCCGUCCAGCAAGGGCCCUGUAGACACCAUGGCUGGUUGCCAGUUGUGGAACCUGGCCUCUCCCAGUGUAGCAGUCAAACCCACAGACUGCAGUGAGAUGCUUCCCAGCAUGUGGUAUCCAACCAGGGUCCCCAGACCAUGGGACCCUAUGGGAAAUGUGGCUGUGUUGGACCGCAAGCCAUCGGGGGAGUUGCUGGUUUCAAUGAAGGCCAUGAACAGCAUCUUUGUACAGGCCGUGGUAACCAUCCAAGCAUGCACGCGUGGCUACCUAGUACGCCGAACCAUCAAGGUGUGGCAUCAGUGGGCCAUCAUCAUCCAAGCCACAUGGCGUGGCUACCGAGUGAGGAAGAACCUGGCACAGCUCUUCAGAGCCACCACAAUCAUCCAGGCUGCUUGGCGGGGCUACUGUGCCCGCCGAGAUCGGGCCUGCCAAGUACUGCUCCCCACGGCAUGGCCAGAACAGGGCAAUGGAGCCAGGAAGACCUCCUACCGCCGCAGUUUACAAGGGAUAGAGAGAAGGCCAGGCUCCAACCACUGCUGCUUCCUCUCCUGUCAGCCUGAGGUCUGCAAUUUCUGCCAGUCUCUGAGUCCCCAGCUGAAGAGUCCUAGUGUGGUGAUGCUCAUGGGCUCCCGGCCCCGCACCUGCCACGUGUGUGGUCACACGCUGUCCACACGGGUGGUGCAAGGCGUAGGCCAGGGUAUAUCUGGUGGGACUGGAUCAAGAUGGGCCUCAGCAUCCCAGAGGGGUUCCCUGUGUCCCCAGAAGAACCAAGCGGCCACGGCUAUCCAGUCCGCCUGGAGGGGUUUCAAGACCCGCAGGCAGCUGAGUCGGCAGCAGUCUGCUGCCAAGGUGGUCCAGGCCAACUGGAGGGGACAUUACACGCGCAGCUGCCUUACCACAGAUGCACUGUUGGGAUCGGGUAGCCCAUGGGACAGAUCCAGGGAUGCCUCACGACAUAGUGUGCAGUCACAGUCCUUGCACUGGCCUGGUGUUUAGGAUCCUGGCUGUGGGCAGGGAGACAUGAUGAUGGCUGUGUGGCACUGAGUCUCACAAUAAAGCCCUCUAUUGCCUGA